UUAAAAACUAAAUUAGGAAACGCUAGGUGCUGGAUAGCCAUUUCCUAAAUAUCCGCUACAACAUGGGAAAGAUAUGUCACAAUUUGUAGGACGUUCCGAAACCCGAAUUCAGAGACUGCGGUCAUGGCCAGCAGCUCAAAGAUUAAACCUACAAUGGAUGGCAAGAGUGGGUUCUGUGAAUCAACGGGAAUCUACCACAGCAAAAGAGAGGCCGUAAUUCUCCCCUCUCCUCAUCAGCCCUUAGACAUCACCACCUACAUCUUCUCUCACCGGCAACACGCAGAAAUUGCUGUCAUUGAUGCUCCCUCCGACACUCAUCUCACAUAUUCCAAGCUUCGCCAGAAUGUGAAAGCCCUGGCCGUCAGUCUGAAGAAGCUGAUUCGAAAGCGCGACGUGGUUCUUGUCAUCUCGCCCAAUUCAAUACACCUUCCCUACAUUUACCUCACCGUACUGUCAAUUGGAGGGAUUCUGACAACCGCCAAUCCUCUCAAUACCGAGGCCGAGAUACAAAAUCAGGUAAGAGAUUCCAAACCCAGUAUCAUCUUUACAGUUUCCCAACUCCUCGGAAAAUUAAGCUCAAUCAGAACACCAUUUAUUCUUAUUGAUGGAACCGAGGUCAACAACUCCUGGGCAUCAUCCCGCGGCGCCAACCUUUCUGCUCUUUUGCAGUCAGGUGGCACGCAGUUAAGUAGUGAAUGGAUAGAUGAUGGAGUUAGUGAGCGAGAAGCUGAAAUUUCACAGGAUGACAUAGCAACCCUUCUGUAUUCAUCGGGAACUACGGGCAAGAGCAAGGGGGUCCUUCUAACCCACAUGAAUUAUAUUGCCAUCAUUGCAGCCAACCGUGCAAGGUAUGAAAUGCAAGGUAUCUACCUGUGCAGCAUACCAAUGUAUUAUAUCUAUGGCCUUCGUUUCAUGGUGUGCUCGCUGGCAGCCGGGGCGACCCUCGUGAUCAUGCCGGGAUUUAAUAUGAACGAAAUGCUGCACAAUAUAGAGAAGUACAGGGUGACUCUGUUGCCCACUGUUCCCUCUGUUUUAUCAGCUCUUACUAAAUCUAGCGAGGCCUGUAAGUAUGAUUUGAGCUCGCUGAAGCAGAUUGGCCUUGGCGGGGCGCCUGUGGGGUAUAACGUCAUGCAGGACUUCUCUGCUAAGUUCCCCGGAAUUGAACUCAGACAGGGGUAUGGAAUGACUGAGAGUACAGCUGCAGUGGUGUACACCAACAGUAAUGAGGAAAACUUCCAUUAUGGUAGUGUGGGAUUGUUGAGUGGUGUUGUGGAGGCUAAAGUGGUAGAUCCCGUUUCUGCAAAACCUCUGCCCCCAAAUCAUAGAGGAGAGCUUUGGCUGCGAGGACCCACAAUCAUGAAAGGAUAUUUUAUGAAUGAAGAGGCAACUUUGGCAACUUUAGAUAUGGAGGGAUGGCUAAAAACAGGGGAUCUCUGUUACAUUGAUGAGGAAGGCUUUCUCUUUGUUGUGGACAGGUUGAAGGAUAUGAUAAAGUAUAAAGCAUAUCAGGUUGCUCCGGCAGAAUUAGAGGAGUUGCUUCUCACCCAUCCGGAUAUUUUAGAAGCUGCUGUGAUACCGUAUCCUGAUCAAGAAGCAGGCCAAAUACCAAUGGCAUAUGUUGUGAAGAAUCCCUACAGGAAUCUUAAUGAGAAAGAUGUAAUGAAUUUUGUUGCCAAACAGGUUGCACCCUACAAGAAGAUACGCCGAGUGGCACUUGUGAAUUCAAUUCCAAAAAAUUCAUCUGGAAAAAUCUUAAGAAGGGAUCUGAUUGAGAAGAGCAAGUCUCUCUCUAGAUUGUGAAUAAUUAACCUUGAGUAGAGAAAAUUUGUAUGUUCCAAAGUAGUUAAUAAUGUUUCUUGAGUUUACAGUGAUUGGUAACAGAAGGAUUUUUUUGGCAUGGGGAUUUUGGAUGACUAAAGUCAUAUGCUUGACAUAUUAGAAAAGCUAAUUUGUAAAUAUAUUGCAAUAGGGUCAAUAUCUGAACAUUAAUACUCGAAAACUUGAGAUUUCCAUAGGCAAACAUUUUGACUUGUAUAUAGGGAACUGUGUUUAAUCCUCGAUUAUCUUUUAGGUCUA